GUAUGGUGUGAAUAUGCGUUGCUUGGCAGCUCGGGUCAACUAUAAGACUUUGAUCAUCAUCUGCACUCUCUUCACGCUGGUCACGGUCCUGCUGUGGAAUAGAUGCUCCAGUGAUAAGAGUGUUCCGUUUCCACGACACCUGGACAGCGGCUUCCGAGCAGACGGAUUGGAAAAGCGAAUAGCUGCUUCUGAAAGUAACAACUAUGUCAACAGCCUAGCGAAGCAGCAGAGCGAGGAGGCCUCGCCCCAGGAGCAACAGAAAGCACCUCCAGUCGUCGGAGGGUUCAAUAGCAACGGAAACAAAAUUUUGGGACUCAAAUAUGAAGAAAUUGACUGUCUGGUCAAUGAUGAGCAUACAAUUAAAGGGCGGAGGGAGGGCAAUGAGGUGUUUCUGCCAUUCUCUUGGGUGGAGAAGUACUUUGAGGUUUAUGGGAAAAUUGCCCAGUAUGAUGGCUAUGACAGAUUUGAGUUCUCUCAUAGCUACUCCAAGGUGUAUGCACAGAGAGCGCCUUACCACCCUGAUGGAGUAUUCAUGUCCUUUGAGGGCUACAACGUAGAGGUUCGAGACAGAGUGAAGUGCAUAAGUGGUGUUGAAGGUGUGCCAUUAUCCACACAGUGGGGACCUCAAGGCUAUUUCUACCCAAUCCAGAUUGCACAAUAUGGGCUAAGUCAUUACAGUAAAAAUCUGACUGAGAAACCACCCCACGUAGAAGUGUAUGAAACAGCUGAAGACAAGGACAAAAACAGCAGACCUGUUGAUUGGACUGUAUCAAAAGGCUGUUCUGUUUCGACAGUACCUGAUAAAUCCAGGUUCACUAAUGUUAAACAGUUUGUCGCACCAGAAAAUACUGAAGGGGCGUCUCUGCAGCUUGGGAAUGCAAGAGAUUUUAUUAUUUCUUUUGACCUCAAGUUCAUCACAAAUGGGAGCAUAUCUGUGGUUCUAGAAACCACUGAAAAGAACCAGCUCUUCACCAUACACUAUGUCUCCAACACUCAGCUAAUAGCUUUUAGAGAGCGAGAUAUUUACUACGGCAUUGGAGCCAGGACCAGCUGGAGCACUGUCACAAGAGAUCUGGUCACGGAUUUAAGGAAAGGAGUUGGUCUGUCCAACACAAAAGCUGUGAAACAGACAAAAAUAAUGCCUAAGAAAGUUAUUAGGUUGAUCACAAAGGGAAAAGGUUUCAUUGAUAACAUCACUAUAUCCACAACUGCCCACAUGGCAGCUUUUUUUGCUGCGAGCGAUUGGCUAGUGAGGAACCAGGAUGAAAAAGGUGGCUGGCCAAUUAUGGUGACCCGGAAGUUAGGAGAAGGGUUUAAAUCUUUAGACCCUGGCUGGUACUCUGCAAUGGCGCAAGGGCAGGCUAUUUCCACGUUAGUCAGGGCUUAUCUGUUAACAAAAGACCACACAUUCCUCAACUCAGCAUUGCAGGCCACAGCACCUUACAAGCUCCCGUCAGAGCAGCAUGGAGUGAAAGCUGUCUUCAUGAGCAAACACGACUGGUAUGAAGAGUACCCAACCUCCCCCAGCUCAUUUGUUUUAAACGGUUUCAUGUACUCUUUGAUUGGACUGUAUGACUUAAAAGAAACAGCAGGCGAGAAACUAGGAAAAGAGGCAAAAUCUCUCUAUGAUCGAGGCAUGGAAUCCCUCAAAGCCAUGCUUCCACUCUAUGAUACUGGCUCAGGAACAAUCUACGACCUCCGCCAUUUCAUGCUUGGCUCUGCUCCCAAUCUGGCCCGGUGGGACUACCACACCACCCACAUAAACCAGCUCCAGCUAUUGAGCACGAUCGACGAGUCGCCUAUUUUCAAAGAAUUUGUCAGGAGAUGGAAGAGCUACCUUAAAGGCGGCAGGGCAAAGCACAACUAGAGCUCACAACCAAAACCACGGAUCAGCGAUCUGCUGUUGGCGGGAAUUAAUGGACUCCUUAAAGCUAAACAAAAGUACAUUUUAAAAGGUGGCAUACUAAGUUUUUGUGGACUCUUUGAAAGUGGUCCUCAAAACUGAUCUUCAGAAGUAAUUGCAUUCCAGCAUGGGAAUAUUUCUGUCUGGGAGGUGGAAUUUGAAACAGGGAUCCAGUCAAAGGACUGAAUAAAAGCUGGUAACCUUAACUUGUUUACCUGCCUGUAGUGUUCCACAGUGAAAUUAUUCACACUGAAAAAACUCAUUUGUACUCCUGAGUUUGUUGGGGAAGAUUUUUAUUUUUCCUUUUUGUAGGAAAAAGAUAAUUCACGGAAGCCAUAUAGGUCUUUAAAGUCCAGUACUUGCCUAAAAAGUUAGUAUGUGGCCUCUUUUAAAAUGGAAUAAUCUGUGUACAUGUUUGAAACAAAACUACAGAUCAUGUGGUGUAAUGCAGUAAAUGUGUAUUUACUUGUAGCCUGGGUAGUCAACAGUGUAUCUUAUAAAAAGUGUUUCUUUUAUAGACAUUCUUUUCUUGGGGGAAGGUGAGUACACAACAUUUGUUUUUAAAUUCUAUAUAUUGAGAACUACGUUGAACGUACGGUUUCUUUAAAGACGUGUAAAUGUAAAACGCAGCCAGCGUUCAGGCUCCUUACGUUAUGUAAGCACAACUCAAAGUGGGACUAGUUGACUGCACAAAAACUGCAAGCAUACCAUUUCAAUUCAAAUCCACAGUCCUGCUUGAGGCUUGCUAAUCAACAUUCCCUCCCAUGUAGUUGGAAUCUCUGGUUGUGGAAUCUGAAGUUUUGUACUGUUUUCAUCCACACUUCAGAGAUUUCUGUAUAUGGUGACAACUGAGUUCUUUGGGAAAUGUAUAUUGGAAACCUAAAAAUGUGGUGAGGGGCUAAUUAAGUAGUUAAUAGGUAACUUGAUUUAAAUGACAUUAGUAUCAAAAUGUUCUUUUCUAGUGAGUUAAUUUUUAAACUGUUUCUAAAAAGUGGAUCAAACAUUUUAAAUGUUAAUAUUACAAUCGAGCUCUCUAAACUGUCAUACCCAUAAUAUUGGCUUAGUUUUUAUAUUAAUUCUCAGAGGUUCUGACAAGCGAGGAAGAGUCCGUGUGCAAUAAUUAAAUGGUCAGGACCCAUGCCUUCUGUGACCUACAUUAUUCAGAAUAACCUGACAUUUUCUUUUGAUUUUUAUAAAGUCUCUCCACUAGUCGCUACAAACUUUCAUUUCAACAUGAGUAGUGCCCUAGCAGAUUCAUGGCCAUAAAAAACCCUUCACGGAUCAUGAAGUCCGAUCUUCCCCUUCAUGUUUGACUAUUGUAGGGAAUGGUUGGGGGUGUCUCAGCUAGGGACUCCUACCAUGAGCUAGGGAUGUAAAAGUUAGCCAGUAAGCCAUUGGCUUACUGGUUUCUGAUACGGUGACACACUUCGCUGUGGGCUCUGCAGCAUCACUUUUAUUCUGCAGAGCCCACAGUUCUACCUGGGAGCAGAGGUGUCAGGGGCUGUCGGCCCCGCCCCCAGGGAGCGAGCUGUCACUCCGUACUGUAGGCUCUUCAGUACACAUUAUAUAUUGCAGAGCCUGCAGUGCCUGUAACCGCUAGGAUUUUUAGCAGUUCCGUUUUUACACUAGUGUGUUACCGGGGCCUGGCUCCAGCUGCUGGUCCUUGCCCUGGAGGGAGAGGGAGGAAAGGUCCUCUUCCCCUGCAGCAGCUGGAGCUGGGUCAGAGCCACCUCCUGGAACCUUCCUGGGCUGCAGGAAGCUCUGCCGCUGUCAACUGGGACAACCUCCUGCUGUGAGCGCUGAGCCGGUGGCCCCGGCUGUCAGACUGAGUAGUUGCAGAGCAACCCCAGACAUGUCUCCAUACUUAGAGACCCUCACUCCUGUUCUGUGCGGGUGAUGGUGCUGGCUUUACAGCUUAUUGUCCAGCCAGCAGCCACUGCCUCUGGCUUCCCAGCUCUGCCAGCAGCAGCACAGAAGUGAGGGCAGCAAUCCCACACGUUCCUGCAGUAGCCAUGCAGUCCCCCCGCCCUCCUGGCCCUCUCUUGGGUCAGGACACCCACAGUUACAUCACUGUGAGCUUUCAGAUGUAAUCAUCUGACACUGUAAAACUGACACGUUUUUUUUUUAAUCCCGUGACUGUGAAAUUGACUAAAAUGAUCCAUGAGUUUAGUAGGCUUCUAAACAUGUGUAUUGCCUUCUUGUAGUUCAGAGAGAGUAAAUGAAGCAACUCAUCACAUCGUUGGACCAAUACUGUUCUUUCUAGCAGGCUAACUAGUUGGUGCAGGCUGCAUCACAUGUGCUAAUAUUUUGGUCAGUGGAGAUUAUGAAUAUGAAACCUUUAAAUUGUAGGCCCAUUCCAGUAUGAUAAAGCAAACACGCUAGUUAAUGGAUUUUUUUCCCCCAUUGGUCCUGUUGUAUUUCUUAUAUGUGGUUUAAAAAAAAUUACCAAGAAGCAUUUUGAGUGGAGAGAGAUGUUUGUUUUUGGGUCAAAAUAAAUUCAAACCACUGAGAGGACAGAUGUGGCAGAUAACCGUCAGACUUGAAAGCCUUUUCUAUUUUGCGCCCCAAUGUAUUAAACAGGUUUGUAGUUCUUUUGAUCUUUCAAAUACAUAACAUGAUUGCAUUGAUUAGGACAAAAAGUAGAUGUCACAGCAGAACUGUUUUGAACCCUAAAAUCUUUAUCAAUACCAAAGUGUUCAGAGAGGAGAUUUCCCUCAAACUACUAUUAUAUUAAUAAUAAUUUUCUGCAGUGGCUGAUCACUGAGAGUGAAAGAGCUCUUUUCUGGUGUGUUUCCUCACUAUUAUCCCCAUUUUGGAUUUGGAGAAUCAAAUAAGAAAGGUUGGGUACUGCUUCUGUGACAAAUAUCGGUGCCUUAAUAAUGUGGACACCUUUUCCUACUGAAUCAGGAAAAGAGCGUUUAAAAACAAAGUGGCAUUGAUCUCCCCAUGUUUCAUACCUCACAUUGGAGUCCAUCUGGCAGCAGACCAAUAGAUUUAUUAAAGGGAUGUCUAUGUUACGCAGCUUUUAGUGACCAGGCUGUGUCGACACAGCCCUGUUGAUAAGUCGAUAUGUGUGAAUGGUGUUUGUCGGUACUUUUGCCAACAAAACACUUCUAGCCCCCGCGAGAGGCUUUCCCUUUGUUGGCAGGAGAGCACUUCUGCUGACAAAGCAGCAUUUGCGCUUGCCCCCACAAAACUUUUUUGUCGUUUGGGGAGGGGCUUAAGCAUCCUUGAACAACAAGAGUUUUGUCAGUCAUUUGCAUGUGUAGACAUAGCCGAAGAAACACAGGUUAGUCGUUUCAGAUGAGAAACUGAUGAUGUACCAUUCUAUUUUUAACACAAUCUUCAUUGCAUUUUUGUUGAGUGCAUAUGCAUGCAAAUUAAGCAAUCAAUCAGGAGUGCUUAUGGAACCUAACGUAUGGAUUCCUCUUAGUUUUAAAAAAAGAAGGGGGCUAUGGGAGAGAAUUAAUAGAUGCCAGUGCCGGUAAUUUCAUUUUAUUUGAUUUCAUUGUAUAAUGAUCCCUUUUGUGUGUGUCUGUUUUUAAAGUGACAAAAGACCUUAGAUGCUAAGGUCUAUUUAACCCAUUCACUGGGAUUAUUGUACAUAUAUAUUUCAUCAGAAACACAGUGCACGUGGGUAUAUGCAAACCAGUGACACACAAGCACAAUUAUAGAAGUGUGGCAGUGCUGUUUUUCUUGGCCAUUGUGCGAGACAUUCACUGAAAGCUGCUAUUUUCACUCACUUUGUAAUUGUACUUUUUCUUUUCUACAUUUUACAUGGGGGGUACACACCAUGUGUUAAAUAUGCAAUAAAUUGUUUACAGGAUGCCCUUCUAAAGGGUAGUCCUUUGUAAAGCUGUACAGACUUUGCAGUUUAAGCACAAUGUGCACAUGUUAGU